CGCUUAAGCGCGCUUUACGUAUUUGAAUGCACGUUGUGCUUAAAUAGAUUUAUGGAAGAGGAUCCAUGUGUGGUGCUUGGUUCAACGGUUUCUGAUAUAAAUGAUCUGAAAAAAGAUAUCGUUAGUCUUGGCCGUGUUCUAAGAGCUUGUGAUUUUCAAAACGUGGAUGAUUUAAAGGAUAUUGAUGAAAUUAAUUCAUUCCCAUAUAAAAUGUAUUGUUACGAGGAAAAGAAUGAAAUAACUUCAUGUGGGACUAUUUUUUCUGAUCUCAAAAGUAUCAAAAGCCUUUUAUCCGAUACCUCUAGUGCUUUUUCAUCAUACAGUGAACAAUUACAGACCGUGUCUUCAGUUGUUAACAAACUUUCAGAACUUUCCAAAGUAACAUUGUCCGAAAACUCGUGCCUGGGCUCGGUCGAAACAGAGCAAGAUUUCUAUCACCUGUUAAGUACAUUGGCUAGAGGUCUACAAAGCGGAUUGUUUGCUCGUAUACGGGAACUGAGUACAUUUUCUCUAGACAAAUGCCUAAGUGAAUUUAUAGACCAAUAUAAUGAGCUGAACAUAAAAUAUAAUGAACUAUUAGUAAUGUCGUCUCAAAUACCUACAAAACAGUCAAGUUCUACUGUUCUCCUCGACCAAACUGCUGUCUUUGAAAUGCUUGAAAAAGAAAUGAGCAAUUCCGCCAAAGAAAUUGAACAUGUCCGUUCCAGUUUUGAAUCUCGUUUAAACUCAAUCACUGCUGAUUGGGAAUGUGAACGGUCAAAGUUGAUGACAGAGUUGCACAAAAAAGAAGUGGCAAUCGAAGAAUUGCAACAAUUAAUAGAAUCUAAAGAAAUGGCUUAUUCAAAAGUUAAAGGUGAUCUAGAUGAAUUAGUACAACAAUUCUGCUCAAAAGAAAAUAUUGCAGUCGGUCCAAAUAUGUCUUUAAAUCAAUUACGGUCAUUUCUAAAUAAACUUGAAAAUAAAUGUCCAUGGAUUUGGGACUUAUUCUAUGGAAAUUGCAAUGAAAUAACGUCUACUGCAUUGCCGAAUCCUAUUGAACAGAAAAAGUCACUAAACAAAAUUAUUUUAGAAAGAAACGAGCUUGAAGAUCAGUGGCAUCAAACAAAACAAGAGCUACUCUCACUUAGGAACUCACAUGUUGAAUUGACUAAUCAGUUAAAAGCUAAAAAUGAUGAGGUGAAUGAGAUGUUAGAAAAAUCGUCAAAACUACAACAACGCGUAUCUCACUAUCGUGAAUUAGUGAAUAAACUAUGUGAUCCGAGAAUGGCUGUUGCUUUUGCAGAAAAUGUUCGUCAGAAUUUGUCUUCCAAUAAAACUGAUGUUCAUUGUAGUAGUUCAUCUACUAUUCAAUCAACUCCUUUAACCAAUUCAUCAAGCUCAAUGAAUUUUAAUAAUAUAACUCCUUGUGUACAAUCAGAUCAAGAAAACUCGUUAGGUACAGUUAGUACACUUGUAACAAACAAAUCAUCUUCGCCGUCUUCUCGUAAAUCUUCCGAAACCUCAUCUACAUCAAUCUUCUCUCGCGUCGGUGCUGCAGUUACAGCUAUUGCUAAUGUUAUCACUUCGCCUAAACGUCCUCAACAGUCUCCUGAAUAUUCAUCUGAUAAUAAACGCAGUCGUCCCUCUGUAUCUGUUACAGAACCUACAGGUUUAGCGAAAUCUGAAGAAAAACCUGUUCUCUAUGAUACCGUUCCGAACAAAAUUUCGCAUCCCAUUUUAUCAACGAAGUCGAGUAAUUUUGUCAUUCCUGAAAAACCAAUCUUACCAUCAUCAUCGUCGUCUUCAUCAUCAACAGCCAUUCCUGACAACGGCCCUAUGAGACAUCAUAUUUCAACACGUAAACCACUUACGGAAUUGCCUAGAUCAAAAGUUAAAUCGCCUACCAACCACAAAUCGGAUCAUUUUCUUUCACCAUUUUCAUCUACUCCGCUUUUAAAAAAGGAAUAUGUCGACAAUUGUUCAAAACCGACUACCGAUUUUCAUUCGGAAAAAUUAAAUCCUGAUUUUAGCUUUUUGAAACAUGGACCAUUAGCAGAAAGUACAUCUCAAUUACCACAGGAUGUACUCCGUUCUGUUCAUGCUAAUAUUGGUAAAGAUCAUCAAGAUGCUAAUCGUCGACCAUCUGAAUUCAUUGAUCGUCCUACUAUUUCUCAACCACAAAAUAAGAAAGAUGAAAUUUUUCUUACUCCUGCAGCGCCUAAACCUUUCAAUCCAUCUUGGCAAAUUUCUAAGAAAGAACCUUCAAAUCAGAAACCAUCUCUAGAAGUACAUAACAAUAUGAACUCAAACGAACUAAAUAAAAUCUCAUCAUGCAGUGAUCAGAAAAAACGGGAUAACAUUUACACUAACACCAACUCUAUCAAUCAGAAGAUUCAGAAAAAUUCAUCAACAGCAUCAGCUCCUACAUCACUGCAUAGAAAAACUUCAAACACUAUUACACCACCUCAAGAGUGUAAUCCAUCCUAAAAUGAUUUCUUUUGAAGAUUUCGUUUCUUUUUGAUUGUUGUAAAUAAAUUUCUUAUUGUAAUUCUACUUAUGCAUUGUGUAUUUUUAAGUUUUAAAAUAUUGUUAUUAAUUUCAUUGAAUUGUUAGAGUUGAAACCACGAGUCGAUCUAUUUUUCUCAUUGGUGGUCUAACUUAGAUUGAUUCGUGAUUUCAACUGUGAAAAUGCUACAAACUUCACAAAUCCCCAUACUGGUAAUUUCAUUGACAUCACGAACUGAUCAAAGUUAAACAAUUAUCGGGCGUUUCGUCCUAGUAUGAGACUUCUCA